GUUGAAGCUGGUCAGUUGCUUGCCAUCCUGGCAUCUUGAAGUCUUUGCUCUGAAAAAAGAAGCUCCAGCACUUCGCAAAGAUGUGUGACCAGACUUUUUUGGCCAAUGUGUUUGGCCCAUGCGACAAAUGUGCCCAAAACCGGGCCCUCCGAGAGAUUUACCGCAAAAAUGAGAAACUCAGCUACUGCUCACUAUGUGUGGGAAUGAUGGCAACGGAGGGGCUGCACGAGAACGAGACCCUGGCCUCGCUGAAGACCGAGGCCGAGAGCCUCAAGGGCAAGCUGGAGGAAGAGAGAGCCAAGCUGCACGACGUGGAGCUUCAUCAGGUUGCAGAGCGAGUGGAGGCGUUGGGUCAGUUUGUGAUGAAGACGCGAAGGACGUUGAAAGGCCAUGGCAAUAAAGUCCUCUGCAUGGACUGGUGCAAAGAUAAAAGAAGAAUCGUCAGCUCUUCCCAGGAUGGGAAGGUGAUUGUUUGGGAUGGCUUCACUACCAAUAAGGAACAUGCCGUGACCAUGCCUUGUACUUGGGUGAUGGCGUGUGCCUAUGCCCCGUCAGGAUGCGCCAUCGCUUGUGGAGGUCUAGACAACAAAUGCUCUGUGUACCCACUCACAUUUGAAAAAAAUGAGAAUAUGGCAGCCAAGAAGAAAUCGGUCGCCAUGCAUACCAACUACCUGUCAGCUUGCAGCUUCACUAAUUCAGACAUGCAGAUCUUGACUGCGAGUGGAGAUGGCACUUGCGCACUUUGGGAUGUGGAAAGCGGUCAGCUUUUGCAGAGCUUUCAUGGCCACGGGGCAGACGUCUUGUGUCUCGAUUUGGCUCCUUCGGAAACAGGGAACACCUUUGUGUCAGGGGGGUGUGAUAAAAAAGCAAUGGUAUGGGACAUGCGGACUGGGCAGUGUAUUCAAUCUUUCGAAACCCAUGAAUCGGAUAUUAACAGUGUCAGAUAUUACCCAAGUGGAGACGCCUUUGCCUCUGGCUCAGAUGAUGCCACAUGUCGUUUAUAUGACCUGCGAGCAGACCGAGAAGUCGCCAUUUAUUCCAAAGAGAGCAUCAUCUUUGGCGCCUCCAGCGUGGACUUUUCUCUUAGUGGCCGCUUGCUGUUUGCCGGUUACAACGAUUACACCAUCAACGUGUGGGAUGUUUUGAAAGGGGCUCGCGUGUCGAUCUUGUUUGGCCAUGAGAAUCGCGUCAGCACUUUGCGGGUUUCCCCGGAUGGGACUGCAUUCUGCUCUGGAUCAUGGGAUCAUACUCUAAGAAUCUGGGCUUAAUCAACAGUGCUUUCCCCAAAAUACACAUUUUACAAAGGUGACAUCAUGAGAUCAACCUGCUUGCUUCCCUUCUCAAAAUCUCAAUUUGGGGUCAGAGGGAAAGCUGCAGCAAGCAAAGCAAUUGCAACACAGUGAUAGACCAAAUGCUCCAUUGUCGGUGUUUACCACGUUGUUGCCUGAAUGCAAACACUACUAGUUAGAAAGGGUCAUAUAUCCUUUUUUAUGAAAAAAGGAAAAAAUAAUAAUCUGUGUGUGGUAUAAUAAGCUGUUUUUAAUUCUGUUUUGGAAAUCUCCCUUAGAAAUAGUUGACGCCAGACUUCUACUGAAAUCACCCGCAAAGCCAGAGUUUAGUAUUUUCGUGCACAUUCUGUGUAUGUGGUCCUUGCAUGAGAUGACGUUUCUUAUACUAAAGUCAACUUGGAAACCAA